GUGGUACAACAGUAGGAAUUUACAUCCAAAAAUAUGUUCAAUUACGAGGCCAAGGAGGAAGACUUGAGAGUCUUCUACGGGGUGGAAACUUUAAACCCUUCCACGGUUUCUGAGAUCCUUCCAAAUGCGGGCAAGGACGAAUUUAGGUCAGUAUCCAUUGAAGAUGUGGAGAACGCCCAAUUGGACCCCGAUGUAGAAUAUGAUGAGUUGGCCCGGUUAAUCCAGGGAGCCACUUCUGCAAUCACCACUGCUCCUUCUGUGAGCACGUUGCCCUCUGAUCUUGAAGACCCCUUGGGCCUCCCAAGAAUGGUUGACCAACUUGUGGCCAAACAUGCAAUUGAAUCAAAAUCAGAUCCAAAAUUGGCACAAUUUUUAGUCUCCUCCAAGUUGUUCCAACCACAACAAUAUCUUACCACGGUCCAUCUGGACUCUUCCAUUGAUGACUUGGUUCGGUCCUUAAGAUAUCUUGAACGGAACAUUGAAAGUCAAUCUUCAGAAUUGAAAUCCGUCAUUGAUGCGAAUUUCUUGAAGUUUGCUGAAUGUAAAAAGGCCAUAGAUGAUGUAUUGAUUGAGUUUAGAAGGACGAAAACCGCUGCUCAGAAGGAACGUGAUAAUACCAAGGUGUUCAACCCUACUCGUCAACACCGUAGAAUAGGCAGCACUGGGGCUUCUUCCAACACCACCAACAACAUGAAUAAUAACAACGUUGAUACUGCCAUUUCCACUGACUUGGAUGAAUCUCUCAAGAAUCUUAUCACCACCACGUCCUUGAUGAUCAAACCGAUUCUUGACCAUAAGAAUAAAGAAGUGAAAUUGACGAAAUUCAUUGAAUUUGUACUGGAAAAUAAAUUUUUCUUUGAUCUCCCCAAUAAAUUGGUCGGUCAUUUGAGUCGACAUGAUCAUGAACAGUUCAUUGACGAUUAUAACCGGUACUUAAGCAAGAAGAAUGAGUAUUUGAAUGGGGAUGAGACCGGUGGUAAUGCAUCGAUAAACUUUGCCCUUUCCAAAACUUUCAAAGAGGUGGAUAAUAUCAUAUCUGAAUACCGCAAACGAAUCUAUAAGGAGCUUCUAUCAAUUGAUCAUGAGGCAGGCGGUCCUAGAAGCACGUUUAGGAACGCCACAAAUGCUAAAUUCAUUCUGUUGGUGGACAAAUUGUACCAGUUAAACAACGAACCAAGCACUUCACAACAGCCAAUCUAUGAAUUCCUCAAUAUACAAUUGGAUGGUCUUAAAAAAGAGUUCAAGUAUCAACAUUCAAAAUUCGAACGUAAGUUUGGCAUGAUGCAAAGGAAAUUAACUGACUACUUGAACCUGUUGACACAACAUCGUGAAGGUGGAUCCAAUAUUGCCUUUAUUAGUGAGAAGUUUGCCGGGGUGGAAGAUAGUGUCAAAACCAUGGUGCUGGAACGAUUGGAUGGGAUUUCCAGCAUUGCCGAUGUUGCAGACUUUGAAUCCAUUGUGUUACUGGUGUUCAAUACCCCUGAUAAUUUGGAUAUUUCCAUCAUCAAUGAAGCUUGGUUGGUCUUACAUAAUUUCGUUACUUAUUUGGACGACCUCUUCCUUAAAAAGGUAUCUAAAUUUGUCAACAAUUACAAGCAUUACAGUGCUACUGAGGUUGAUUCUGGUGGAUCUAUAAGAGACAGUUAUAUAAAGUUCGUUGUAUCAGUGACUACUAAAUUGGUGCUGAUCUUCAAUGAUCCAUCCACACCUCCAUCCACCAAUCAACUUGAAUCUUCACCUUCCAAUUACUCCUCCUUUUUACCGAAUCAUAGUAACUCCCUUUCAACAAUUUUCUAUUUAUCCAAUGUCAAUAAGAGAGUGAAUCACUUUUUAACUAGAACUGGGGAGAGUGUGGUUGUGGUGGGUGGUAGUACGUCCACCAACACAAACACCGUAAUCAAAAACCUCCGUUCCUCAUCGGCUGUGAUAAACCAAAGAAUUAUUGAAGCUGUAUGUGCUGUCUGGGUGAAUGAUUGUCUGCAAUUCUAUGAUUUGGAAGGUUGGGAUGUUCAAAGUGAAUGGGCGGGGAAAGAUGCAGUCAAGUACACCCGUGCUAUUUCCAUAAUGGAAUGUUACGAAGGAUAUGUCUUGUCCAAGAUCGCUCUGUUGGUGUUCAGUAAACGUGAAGAUUCCAAUAACGGCGAUGUGUAUGACGAUGGUGAUAACGAUGAUGAAAAAUUGGUGGAAAGUGGCAUUCGUAUUGUGUCGGCUCACCCCAGUAAAAGAGUAUUGGUCAGUAUUGAAAUCCAAUUCAUGAGAAGUUUGAAUGUAUUGGUGGAUUCCAUUUUGAAAAGAUAUAGUUUGGAGAGUCAAAGUCAAACUGAAAGUACCACAUCUCUUUAUAAGGUUCUUGCAAUGAACAAUUUUGAUCAACUUGGUCGGGUCACCUACCCAGGAUUACUCCGUAAGUUCGAUCGCUUAUUCUCCAAUAACCUUCUGGAACAAAACCUUAAACUUUAUGCAGACAUUGAUAAGGCUGGACUUACAAUUUUGGAUGAUAUUUUGGCAAAGGAAAAGAAUUUCAUCGAUAGUCUUGUGAGUAAACAUUUCACCAACGCACCACCAGUGGACCUUCAAGUUGAUGGGUUCAUCUACAAUGUAUUGAUUCAUUUUGUUAAGCUUGUUCACGUUAUUAAACCAUUGAGCGGUGCUGAGAUCUUUAUUUCAAUCAUAAAUGAACUUCAAACUUAUUUCCUCAAGGUAACUCUUGAACAUUUAAGAUCGAUGCCCCAUGAUGAGAAUUACCUUGUGAUUGUAGGAAACUUGCUGGUUGGGAUCCAUUUCUUCCUUGAAGUAUUCCAACAAAGUAAGAGCCUUCAAUUAAAUGAAUAUUGUUUGAAAUUGGUGGAAGUUUUGUUCCAUACUAUAGAUGAGGCUGGAAACCCUCCAUAUAGUGACAGAGAAUUCGAUACAGUAUUAGCCAGAAAUUUGAAGGAGUCAGAGAAUGAAUUUGACUGUUUUUUCUAGAUAUUCUAGAUGGUUUAGUAUACCCUAAUAUAUGUUAAUGGACUUCAUUUAAAUUGUAAGUUACCUUACUCACUCU